CGAAAACUCUAGUCUUAAAACCUUCGAAACUACCUGAAAGCUAAAAUCUGCUCUGCUAUAUUCGUUGUACUACUCUUCCAGGCUAUCGAUAAUGGUGAGGGCUAGCGUCUUAAAUGAUUCUCUGAAGAGCAUGUGUAAUGCAGAGAAACGAGGAAAACGCCAAGUGAUGAUAAGACCCUCUUCUAAAGUGAUCAUUAAGUUUCUCACUGUGAUGCAAAAGCAUGGUUACAUUGCAGAGUUUGAAUAUGUGGGUGAUCACCGAUCCGGUAAGAUUGUGGUUGAGCUUAAUGGAAGGCUUAACAAGUGUGGUGUUAUUAGUCCUCGUUUUGAUGUUGGCGUCAAGGAAAUCGAAGGUUGGACUGCCAAAUUACUUCCUUCAAGACAGUUUGGGUACAUUGUCUUGACAACAUCAGCUGGAAUCAUGGACCAUGAAGAGGCUAGGAGGAAAAAUGUUGGAGGCAAAGUGCUUGGUUUUUUCUACUAGAGUGACUUUAAUGAAUUUGUUUUUUACUCUUUUGUUGAUCUUUUUAAUUGGUUAUUGAGAACCUUAUUUUGGCCGGUCCCAAGUUUGUUUCAUUGCUUGCUGAAUGAAUUAUAUAACCUUUCAUUAUCAUGAU